AUCUACUUUGUCUUUGUCUGACUAGAAACAUUGAAUGAACUAAACUAAACUUUACAUUAUAAUAUUUUUCUUUGAAUAAAUCUACAAGAAUUUGACUCUUUGGACUAUAAAACCUUGGAUUUACAUAUCAAUCAACUAACACCAUCUUCCACUUUUCACAAACUUGCUCACUUGUUCUUGUUAUUGUUACCCUUUUUCGAAAUUUUGAGUACUAAAAAAAUGGCAGAAAGAAGAGUGAUAGGUUGGGCUGCUAGAGACACAACCGGUAUUCUGUCCUCCUAUUCAUUUAGUCUCAGAAAAACAGGUCCAGAAGAUGUAGUACUAAAGGUAUUGUACUGUGGAAUUGAUCAUACAGAUCUUCAUCAAAUGAGGAAUGAGAUUCAUUCAACUAAUUACCCUUUGGUACCAGGGCAUGAAGUAGUGGGUGAAGUUGAAGAGUUGGGUUCAGAAGUAAGAAAAUUCAAAGUUGGGGACAAAGUUGGAGUAGGCUGCGUAAUUGGGUCUUGUGGGGACUGCUCUUCCUGCAAAUCCAACAAAGAUAACUAUUGCACCAAACAAAUUUUCACUGUCGGUGGCACCUACCCAGAUGGAGCUCCCACUCAUGGAGGCUUCUCCUCUACAAUGGUGGUUCACCAAGCGUUUGUUGCAAGGAUACCAGACAAACUAGCAUUGGAACAGACAGCUCCACUAUUGUGUGCUGGUGUGACAGCUUAUAGUCCUUUGAAACAACUCAUUAAAGGUUCUUCGAAUGAGGUGUUGAGAGUUGGAAUAUUGGGGUUAGGAGGAGUUGGGCAUUUGGGGGUGAUCAUAGCCAAGGCAAUGGGACACCAUGUGACAGUAAUAAGCUCUUCUGGUAAGAAAAAGGAGGAGGCUUUCGAGCAUUUAGGGGCUGAUUCUUACCUGGUUAGCUCCGACUUGGCCGAGAUGGAGGCGGCAGCUGCCAGUCUAGACUAUAUUUUGGACACUAUUCCAGCAUUUCACAACAUACAAGCCUACCUUUCAUUGCUGAAAAUUGAGGGAAGGCUUGUGAUAGUUGGGGCAUCUCCUCAGCCACUUCAGUUUAUAGCUAGUGACUUGAUUCUUGGCAAGAAGACUAUUGGAGGGAGUUUCAUUGGAAGCAUGGAGGAGACUGAGGAGUUAUUAGAGUUUUGGGCAGAGAAAGGUCUGAAGACAAUGAUUGAGGUGGUGAAGAUGGAUUAUGUGAACAAGGCUUUCGAGAGAAUGGAAAGGAACGAUGUUAGAUAUAGGUUUGUGCUGGAUGUGGCUGGAAGCAAUCUUCAUUGAUGACACAAUAAUGUCCUCUCUAAAUCUUCAUGUCAAAAUCGCCAAUGAGAAUCGACAAUUUUCGUUUUUUCAAAUAAAAGCAUUACUCGUGUACAAUAAUAUGUAUGGAGAAAUGGAGAGAUGAGACUAAAUAUGUUCUGUGAAGAAACCAACAC